UUCCUUGUGAAAGGGAUGCACCUGGUCUGGUGUGUUUGCACAGCCCCCGCCCUCAGGUGCUGGAGAAGGGAGCGCUUCCUGAUGCCAAGUCUCAUUUGUCCCCCAGGAAUGGUCCUCGUGAGGAGUGAGAAUGGGCAGUUGUUAAUGAUCCCUCAGCAGGCUCUGGCCCAGAUGCAGGCCCAUGCCCAGGCCCAACCUCAGAGCACCAUGGCACCCCGUCCUGCAACCCCCACAGGUGCUCCACCUGUCCAGAUCUCUGCCGUGCAGGCUCCAGGAACACCUAUUAUUGCACGGCAGGUGACCCCAACUACCAUAAUUAAGCAAGUGUCUCAGGCCCAGACGACGGUACAGCCCACUACAACCCUACAGCGAUCUCCUGGGGUACAGCCUCAGCUGGUUCUGGGUGGUUCUGCACAGACAGCAUCGCUUGGAACAGCCACAGCUGUUCAGACAGGGACACCUCAACGAACAGUCCCUGGGGCCAGCACCGCCUCCACAGCUGCCACGGAAACUAUGGAAAAUGUGAAGAAAUGUAAAAGUUUUCUGUCUACGUUAAUAAAACUGGCGUCUUCUGGUAAACAGUCCACAGAGACGGCGGCUAAUGUGAAAGAAUUAGUACAGAACUUGCUGGAUGGGAAAAUCGAAGCAGAGGAUUUCACUAGCAGGUUAUAUCGAGAACUGAACUCUUCACCUCAACCUUACCUUGUGCCUUUCCUGAAGAGGAGCUUACCUGCCUUGAGACAGCUGACCCCAGACUCUGCGGCCUUCAUCCAGCAGAGCCAGCAGCAGCAACCACCCGCCUCGCAGGCCACUACUGCACUCACGGCUGUGGUGCUGAGCAGCUCGGUGCAGCGCACAGCUGGGAAAACAGCUGCCUCGGUGACCAGCGCCCUCCAGCCCCCAGUCAUCAGCCUCACGCAGCCCACACAGGUUGGCGUUGGCAAGCAGGCACCGCCCACACCACUGGUGAUCCAGCAGCCCCCGAAGCCUGGAGCCUUGAUCCGGCCCCCGCAGGUGACCUUGACGCAGACACCCAUGGUCGCAUUGCGGCAGCCUCACAACCGGAUCAUGCUCACCACACCACAGCAGAUCCAACUGAACCAGCUGCAGCCAGUCCCUGUGGUGAAACCCACCGUGUUACCUGGAACCAAAGCCCUGCCUACUGUUUCUGCACAAGCAGCUGCUGCACAGAAAAACAAGCUCAAGGAGCCAGGGGGAGGCUCCUUUCGGGAUGACGAUGACAUCAACGAUGUUGCAUCAAUGGCUGGGGUGAACCUGUCUGAAGAAAGUGCAAGAAUAUUGGCCACAAACUCUGAGUUGGUGGGGACACUGACUCGGUCCUGUAAAGAUGACACCUUCCUCCUCCCCGCACCUUUGCAGAGGAGGAUACUGGAAAUAGGUAAAAAGCACGGCAUCACGGAACUCCAUCCAGAUGUAGUGAGUUAUGUGUCUCAUGCCACACAGCAAAGGCUGCAGAAUCUUGUAGAAAAAAUAUCUGAAACAGCUCAGCAGAAAAACUUCUCUUAUAAGGAUGAUGACAGAUACGAGCAAGCAAGUGAUGUUCGGGCUCAGCUCAAAUUUUUUGAACAGCUUGACCAGAUUGAAAAGCAGAGGAAAGAUGAGCAGGAGAGGGAGAUCUUGAUGCGGGCAGCAAAGUCUCGAUCCAGACAGGAAGACCCAGAGCAGUUAAGGUUGAAGCAGAAAGCAAAAGAGAUGCAGCAACAGGAGCUGGCGCAGAUGCGACAGCGAGAUGCCAACCUCACUGCGUUAGCGGCGAUCGGGCCCCGGAAAAAGAGGAAAGUGGACUGUGCCGGGCCGGGAUCGGGAGCAGAGGGCUCAGGCCCAGGCGCAGCGGUCCCAGGCAGCUCCGGUGUGGGAACCCCCAGACAGUUCACACGGCAAAGAAUCACGCGGGUCAACCUCAGGGACCUCAUAUUUUGUUUAGAAAACGAGCGUGAGACAAGCCAUUCACUGUUGCUCUACAAAGCAUUCCUUAAGUAACAGGAUGAGCCGGUGUUUCUGAUGGGAUGCCUGCGGACUUUUUUAUAUAUUUGCAGAUUACGCCUUUUUGUAACAAGCAAAUGGGAUAUUGUUUAAAAACAGCCACCCUUUACAGUGGAGCAGUUUUAUACUCCUGUUUCUAAGUCAGCUCUUCAGCGCGGCAGAACCAUGUCUGCAGCAGAGAGAAUACAGGCCUGUGGAUGCUCUUACAGGACAGCUGACCCAAGCUCAUCCUCGACUGAGUGGCCUUCUUGCCAAACAAGCCAUAUUUAAAGACUGAUGGAAGCGCUUAGCAAAUAAUUAGCAGUUGCUCAUCCUGUGUGCGUCUUGGUUCAGUUCACUCUGACUCACCCACUGGGUGUACGUCUGCAGCCGGUGACCUCAUUUCACUCACGUUACUGUUGUAGCAGUCAGUUGGCGAAGCAAACUGAUUUUUAGACUAUUUAUCACCCCCACCCACCCACCCUGUCCCUCACCUCCCUUCUACGUGAAAUUCCCCAGGACACAGCCUCUGAGCAGGGUUGCAUUUCUGCUAGUGGAGGCUGGGGUGCAGCACCUGUACAAAUACAUUUUAUUUGCUGCAGUUUCGAAGCUGUAAAGUGGAAGGAAGCGAGAACCUUUUCAGCAUAAAUAUAUUUUACUUGCACUGUGUUUUUAGCUCAGAGUGAAAACUUAGAUGAAAUAAAUCAGAGUUGAGAAGAAUCAACAACAGACUGUUUCUCAGUGUGGAUCAAGUGUUGGAAAUGGUUGGUGUAUUUUGUCAGUAAUUGUACAUAAUUUUUGGCACAUAACAUAAAAUGGCUAUGUAAACUAUAAUUAUUUUGCUAAGAGACUGUAUGCAAGCUGUGGCCAACCUUACAGGCGUCCAGAGCAAAGCCCUUCUUUGUACCUAUUUUUUUAUUACAAAUAUACUAAUUGGUUCUUUAUAUUUUCAGAGGUUAUUGUAUUAAAUUGUCUAUUGAUAGUACUUUUAUGACUGUAAAUACUUUGGCUUUCUCCGUGUGGAUUCUCAUGUUAGACUUUAAUUCGCACGUGUGAGCGGAACGCUGAUCAGUAUUUUUUACCAACACCCGAGAACUGUUACACCUUUCAUUUUAUCUUUUAGGAAAUCCCGUCUUUCCAUUUUUUCAUGUAAAUUUUGCACAGUUACUUGUUCAUAUGUAAAUAUUUUACUUUCAAAAAUGAAGUUUUUAAUUGCUAUUGUUUUAUAUAGGAUUGAAAGAAAAUUAACUCCUUUAUUAAAAACAAAUUUAUCUGUA